CGUUUAUAUAUUCACAUAUUUAGACUCAGUGUCAUUUUUGCCAGCUUCUGUUUCUGAAUUCGUUGUUUGGUUACCGACGAGAGGACGCCUGUAUAUUCGAUUAGAACCUGCUAUUGAAGAUAUAACAUAAUACGGAGUAUUGUUUCUUUUAAUGUGUUAAUGGAUGUUUUGCGGUUUAAAUAAUUUAGCACUUAGAUUUUAUUGUGUUAUGUCGACAAUUCGUUCCUAAAUAAUAUACCCAUUGAUCAGCAUGGUUGUGGUAUAUUGAACUUAAUAUUUUGACGGCAGAUAAUCAUUGCUCAAAGUGUGAGGUGGUUACUUUGGAAUUACAUUGUUUGUUGGGGAAAUGAAGCCGCGUGCACCUAUGAAUUGUAUAUCCCACUGCUAGUAAAGGCGACACACCAACAUUGAUUGAUACACGCUAUUUUGCAUUCGGAACUCCUCGGCCAUUUUUAUCAGAAACAACCUCGGAUGUAUUUGGACGGUUUACAUACUUUAAAAAGGGUAGGAGGUGGCGUAUUGGCACAGCUAACCAAGACAGUAGCGGUGACAGGUGUGUGUUCGAGCUACCGGCGAGAGAGACACGUACGAUAAAAGACAGAGGAAAGAAAUCUUAGAGGAACGACCGUAUAAACGUUAGACGUGAGUAGUGCCAAAAGACGGCGGUGACGAAUCCCUGAACAAGAGUGGGUGUCUGGAAUUGGUUGCAACAUUUCUACAAGAUUUCCUGAUUCAUCGCGAAGUCUACAGUUGUUUUUUGAGAAUCACUCAUCAAGUGUAGAGUUGCGUUUUGUGAAGGAAACCUACGGGAGUUAAUGAAUACAUCUGAACUUUACAAGUGGUAUUGAAAAUUGUUUGUGGUUUGGGAGGAAAAUUCACUAUAAAGAUUCUCCGACAGCAGUAUAAGUGUCUGUUGAAAUACAAAUACACUUUGUCAGCAGCUUCGUGAAUUGUUUUAAGUUUGGAAAUUAACUUAGGACAUUAUUUUACGCUCUGAAUAUCGACAACAGGAACCAGAUUUGAACUGAUAGCGUUUGCAAAGAUCUCAAGAAUCAGUUUAUCCAUGACAAAGCAGGAGCCAGAAUGAGGACAGAAAUUCCAGCAACGAUGUUGCGACCACUUUGUGUGAUACUGCUGUUUUGUAUACCUUCCAUUUUAUCUCAGGGAAAAUUUAUAUGUCCAGCGAAUAACAAUGAAAUAUUAAGCAAUGACGUACGAGAAUUCGACUUUUUAACGAAAUUCGGCUUCAAUAAAUUGUCACCAGAGAAAGGAUAUGGGGAAUAUGGCACGUCAUUGACUGUUAAAGGAAAAUCUAUGACAGAUGAAAGCAAUUGGCGACUAUUUGAUCGGCAACUCCCAACACAUUUUGUUUUCGUCGCCAUUUAUCAAAUGACCAAACGGAACGCCAUCUGGAACAUGUUUGAUAUACAAGACAGUACGGGGAAUUCCCACUUGGCCCUGCAAUUUAACGGGAAGCGGGGAAAGCGGUCCGUCACCCUCAUAUAUAAGAAUGAACACAGAGAGGAGCAACGUCUGGAGUUCAGUCGCCGCGCAGGAAAGCUAGCUACAGAAGCAAACGUUUGGCACAAAAUCUACAUCCGCUUGAUGCGCCAAGAACGCUUAAACAAAGAUGGCAUCCUCGAGUAUUUCGACGUCGCAACGAUCGACGUCGAUUGUCGAGUGACGGACAAGCAGAACCUGAACAGAACGCGAGAACAGUACGUCGACCCAACUGGUACAACGUCAGUGGCAAAGGACGUCAACGGAAAAUCGUACAAGCUGAAGGUAUCAUGGAUGCAGUUCCACUGUAACCCGCGAAUGAAGAGUGACUGUUCAGAAAUUGAGAGGGUAAACACAUUCGUCAACGUCAAAGAGAUGGGAAGAGAUCUGGAAGCAAGCGACACGGUUGGAAAGAGCCGAGGCGACCAGCCAGAUCCGAACAUUUGCGAAACGAUGACGUGUCCAGCUGGUCCACCAGGUCCUCCAGGGGAAAUUGGCAUGCCGGGCUUGACGGGAGAGCUGGGACCCCGAGGACCACAGGGCGUUCCAGGGCCCGAAGGUGACCGAGGGGAGCAGGGAGUGACCGGAAAACCAGGCAGAAAUGGUUCACCUGGGGAGCCUGGGACACCGGGGUUGCCCGGAGCGACGGGAGAGAGGGGUUACACGGGAGAGGAUGGCAUGCCAGGAAUCCCCGGAAAACCAGGAAAAAAUGGCGAGGUCGGUGAGACGGGACAACAAGGAGAAGCCGGUGUCCCUGGAAAACGGGGAGAGCGCGGUGACCCCGGAGUGUCAGGAGAUCCUGGGGUACCAGGAAUACCAGGAGAAAGCAUCGUAGGACCAGCUGGACCACGUGGUCCUGCCGGGGAACCAGGCGUUCCCGGAUAUGACGGCCAACCAGGAACUCCAGGAGUUGAUGGCACACCUGGAACAAAGGGCGACCGGGGUGACCCAGGUCUCAGAGGCGAACGAGGACCAGAGGGGCCCGCGGGACGGGAUGGAGCGCAGGGUAUCCAGGGAAUCCAGGGACAGCCCGGACCCCCAGGAGCACCGGCAAUAGCCUCCAAUGAGAUUCAACAGGAAGUGGUACAGAUUCCGGGUCCAGCCGGGCCUCAGGGACCCCAAGGACCACAGGGAACGCAUGGAAUGAACGGCGAGCCCGGAAGACCAGGAGAACCAGGCGUGCCCGGGGAGCCCGGAAUACAAGGAGAGAACGGAAAUGCCGGAAGGGACGGCAUGGACGGAUUUCCGGGUAAGCCGGGCGAGCGAGGACCGGAAGGACCAGCCGGACCUCGAGGAGAAUCGGGCAAUGACGGUGCACCAGGAGUUCCCGGACCACAGGGUGAGCGUGGUGAACGCGGAUUCGAUGGCACGGACGGCGAUAAGGGCGACAAAGGAGAUACAGGAUUGCCAGGACCACCCGGACCGCCUGGAGAGUUCCGUGGCAUCGGUGACCUAGAUGACGGGGUACUCGACGGAUAUCUCGACUCCAUCCGAGGCCCGUCGGGAGCUCCAGGACCACGUGGUGAUUCGGGCAUUAGAGGAGAAGCGGGUCCGCCCGGACAGGCGGGACCUUCCGGAAAGGAUGGGGCACCAGGAGUAGCCGGACCCCCGGGCCGAGACGGUUUACCCGGGGACCCAGGAGAAGCGGGAGCUGCUGGCGAGCCAGGACACCCAGGAGAGACGGGACAGAGAGGCCCACCUGGUGUACGUGGAGAGAACGGUAAACCAGGGAUGCCCGGGCCCUUGGGACCGAGGGGUACCGACGGCGAACGAGGGGCGCCCGGCGAGAGAGGAACACCGGGACAGGAUGGCAGACCGGGUCCCACAGGUCAGACAGGGAGCCCUGGACCCAUGGGCAUGCUAGGACCCCCGGGACAUCCCGGCCCUCCCGGACCCCCAGGACCUGCGGGCGAGAAGGGAUCAGGAAUUGAGUUCGGCACAUACGACCUGCUAGCGUCUGCCGGUCAGGAGACCCGCGGGCCAGCCGGUCCCCCGGUAAGUGAGCUGUGUAAGGAAGGUCCACCCGGCGAACCGGGACCAUCGGGACCGACCGGAAAUGCAGGAAUGUCCGGCCCUCGUGGAUCUCCCGGCGAGCGCGGCCCACAGGGAGGUUCCGGCAGCCCAGGAGUCCCCGGGAUCCCAGGCCCCACUGGACCUCCGGGACCAGCGGGUGAGAGAGGACAGCCAGGUUCACCAGGAAUGCCCGGACUUCCGGGCCGUAGCGUCUCGGACGAAGAAGUUCGACAGAUAUGUUUCCAGAUUUUACGUGAACAGCUCGAGGACCUUGUCAGGGAUUUGAGAGGUCCACCCGGACCCCCGGGGAUAGGAAAAUCCGGCAAACCGGGACCACCCGGAGUUCAAGGAUUCGCAGGAGAGCGUGGCCCACAGGGUCAGCCAGGCGAGCGCGGAUUUAUGGGACUCCCGGGAGUACCGGGAUCCCAGGGACCUGUCGGACCCCCAGGGGAGCAGGGUAUCAAGGGUGAUAGAGGUCCGAGAGGCAAGGGUAAAGAUGGAAUUAUGGGUCCACGUGGUAUGCCAGGUGCGCCAGGACCCCCGGGCGUGGGCCAGGAGGGGCGACCAGGAGAGCGCGGCACACCGGGGCAACCAGGUACUCACGGACCCCGCGGCCCUCCAGGAUCACAAGGCGGGCCCGGUUAUUGCGAAUACUGUAACUACGCACCAGCGGGCGGUCCCCAGCUUAUACGACUUCCGGGUUCAAACGGCGGUUCCGGAAAUAGCAUCAAGGGGCGUUAAAAACAUAGACUACCACUAUGAUAUUAUUUUAUAAAAAAUGUUUAAUUGAAAAUCAAAACUAACUUGUGAUAAAAUACCUAACUGUAUUGUAUUGAAGGUAAUAUUUAGACUUCUUAGCUUGAUGUUAUUAGCAUCUGCUUGGGAUCCUAGUAUAUUAGUUCUAUGGCAUGUUAGAAUCCUUUUCGCCUCAGAUGUGUUUAAUAUGCUUUAAGCUCUUCUUCUUAAAGAACUGCAUGGAUUCUAGAUAGUGCACACCGGUACUUAUAGAGUAUUUUCGGAGAUAGAAAUUCCUCUAAAAAUGGCUUAUUUUGUUUAUUUUUGAUGUAGACAAUUAUGCACCUUUAAAAAAAAGUCCAAACGUCUGGAAAAAUGCAUGCCAUGUUUAGGCCAGUAUGUUACACAUAGUCAAGAAUGCAAUCCCUACAGUAAUUUAGUGACAAACUGAAGUAUUUCAUAAUAUAACUUAUACUUAAAACGUUUCAUAUAAGACCAUAAAACGAAGCAUUCGAUGUUUUUAUAUAUUUAUUUAAAACUAAAAAAUCUUCGAUAAAGGAUUUCCUUUUAUAAAAUUAUAUUCAAAGAAAUCUUAGGUAUUAAAAAAUGAAACUUCAUUGAUAUUUCGGUUUUUUUUAAGAUAUCUAGAUAUGAAAAAAAAGAUUCUUGAUUGAUAUUUAGGUUUUUCAGGUUUAUGAAAUAUAGCAUUUCAGUUUGUCAGGUCAAUGAAAAAUGCAGGUUGCUUUUUGUGUUAAAAGUUUAUGUUUAGGCGACUAUAAAUAAAUUGCUGGAUUUUCGUCCCCGCCCGCCCCCUCUUUUUCCACCGCCCCUUAAAUUUAAUGACUCAAAAUAGAAAUGUUGAAAAAGUGUCUGUUUUUGCGUACCGGUCCGGUACUGCCAGAGAACGGCGUUUAUUCAUACAUACGGAAUUCGAUGUAGACAUUCAAAUGUAAAAAAGGAGAAUUGUAACGAUCUUGUGCAUGGUUGGUCUUAAAACACAUGUUUAUGGUCCCUUAAUAAUAAAGGCCAUGAACACAUAUGCAAUGUUGAAACAGUCAUUUAAGAAAAUUACAAAAAAAUCACUCCCCCCCCCACACACACACACACAUUUAAAAAUAUUGGAUGACAAUCUAGCAAUUAAUUUGUAUUGGCCUUUUAUAGUCCCAACUUUUGUUUGCUUGGUUAUAUGUUUAGUUUCUAGUUUUUGGCGAUGAGAAUAUGUUAAAAACACUGCAUACAAGCAUCAUUGUCUUACCAGUGACUUUAUAUAUGUUUUUCCUUCCUUUCUU